AUGACCUCAACAAUCCCGGUGGCGUACACGAUUGCGUUUACAGCACCAGAAGUUCUCGAAUAUGCAAGCAGUGGUCGACCUGGACACUCCAAACACACUCCCAUGAGUGACAUGUUCUCGUUUGGUGGAUUAUGCCACGAACCCUCUCCCCGGUCCCGUUCCUCAGCAGAAGAGCUCAAUGAUGGUAUGUGGGAUUUGAUGAAGCGGUGUUGGGCGAGGGAUCCAUCAGAACGGCCUACUGCAAUGCUCGUCGUCCAGUUCUUGGAG